UCAAAGCAGCCGCAACGAACAGAGGACACCGUCGCUGCUCUAACAACCAAAAUAAAAACAACCUACACCUUUUCUUUCUCUGAAAAGUACACCUGCUAACUAAAACAUUAUCCAUGCGGAUUACCUAGUAUGUAUUUUACCAUCCUAGCUCUCUCGGUCCAUGGUGGUUCCCCCAACGACGACCUCCACAGAACGCUCCAGAACCCUAACAAGGCCCAGUUUGAAGUGAUGGUAUACCGGCAGCAAGAUGGAGACAGACGGAAUUAGAGAGCAUGUUAACCUCGCCGUGACUAGACAGAACGUCUAUUGUGCUCGAGCUAUUUUGACAUUUAACCCUUGACCCGUGAUUUUAUUAGUUUUUAAAACCACAGACAGUUUAUGAUUUCUUCGACCUACCUGAAUAACUUGAGUUUAAGUUGCGUGAAAGGUUGUUAGUUGAUUGGACUACUUCAAACUCUCGAGAGUGAAAUUGAGGGCAGAGAGAAUCUGACGUAGUGGCCUCUCAGAAUUAGGACCCACCCCAAUGGUGCGCUAGUGUGAUGCAUGUUAUGAGCAGCCCGUCGCUGGCUAAUGAGACAGAGAGCUGCAGCAGUGAGUGCAGCAGCGCCGCCACCACCACCAGCACCACCAGCACCACCUCCGACCUCUCCCCAAUGUCGGGCCACACCCCCCAUCUUCUAAUCUCCCCUCUCCCUUCCCCAACGAACCCCCUGCACCCUACAACACUACCCCACCACUACGCCCCACCGUCACCACCACCCCUGCCCCCAAACGCCCCUCCUCCCCCUCCCCCUCCCCCACCAUCAACCUCCCUCUCCAGCCAUGGUGUGCGGAAGAAGCGGAGGGUGCGGAGCUUUUUCUGGAAGCCCAUCCCGGAGGAGAAGGUGCGGGGCCAGCCCAACAUCUGGACCAUGGCGGUGCGCUGCCAGCAGCAGUACCAGAUCGACGUGCGCUCCGUGGAGGAGCUGUUCGGCCAGCAGGAGGAGGCGCAGGGCCGGGAGGGUGUGCCCGCCACUGGUGGAUGCUCCUCAGCCCGCAUCACCCGGUCCCGGUCCUUUAAGGAGAACAAGGACGAGAUCAGCAUUCUGGACUCCAAGCGUGGCAUGAACGUGGGCAUUUUCCUCAAGCAAUUCAAGAAGUCCAAUCUGUCCAUCGUGGAGGACAUUCGCCAGGGAGACGGCAAGCUGUACAGAGCUGAUCUCCUCAAAGACCUGCUCAAACUCCUGCCCGAGUCUGAAGAGGUAAAGAAACUGAGGGAGUUCAAAGGGGACUCCAGCAAACUGACCCUGGCAGACUCCUUCAUGUACCUGUUGAUCCAGGUGCCUCGGUUUGAGUUGCGCAUCGAGGCCAUGGUCCUGCGUGAUGAGUUCUUUCCAUCCUGCGCUGUGAUGAGCCGUGAGAUCGAUGUAAUCCGCGUGGCCACCAAAGAGCUGAUGACCUGUGAGGAACUACAUGCCAUCCUCCACCUGGUUCUGCAGGCUGGAAACAUCAUGAACGCUGGCGGUUACGCGGGCAACGCCGUGGGCUUCAAGCUGUCAUCGCUCCUCUCGCUGGCUGACACCAAGGCCAACAAACCGGGCAUGAACCUGCUGCAUUUUGUGGCUUUGGAGGCACAGAAGAAGGACGAGAAGCUGCUGAAGUUCCCUGAGAAACUGCAGGACAUCCAGAGCGCUUCCAGAAUAUCAGUGGAAAACAUCGAGUUGGAGUUCUCGUCUCUCUACGUCAGGACCAGAUCCUUGGAGGAGAAGGUCCAGAGUGACCCAGAGCUCCUGGAGCAGCUGGACCCCUUCCUGCAGAGCUCCACAAGGACCCUACAAGAUCUGAAGAGGCGCAGGCUGGACCUGCGGAAGGAGGGAAAUGCGCUUAUUGACUUCUUCUGUGAAGACAAGGACACCUUCAUGCUGGACGAGUGCUUCCGCAUCUUCCAGGACUUCUGUCUCAAGUUCAAAAAGGCUGUCAAGGAUAACCUGGAGCGGGAGCUGAAGGAGAUGGCCAGGCAGCGGCGUCUCAGAGAGCUGGAGGAGAAGCGCUUUGCCUGGAAUGCUGACCAGCAGCAGGGUGCUGUCGCUGGUAAUGGAGGUUUUGGCCGCAGCAGCAGCGAGAACGACGUGGACAUGCUCACCAAGGAGGGCCUACUUGACUUCCUCCAGCAGCGUCCCGCCAGCCCCCACAGCCCCCUGGGUCGUUCAGCCAGCGCCCGUCGCCACCGCCACACUGUGGCCUCCAUGGCCGACCGCGAGCUUCACGGCUAUCUGGAGCUGUUCGGCAGUGGCGCGGUGCUGCCAGCAGACUAUGCCAACAAGUUCAACAGCCUGCCGCGCUCCGGCCGCACCCUUCAACGGAGAACCGCCCCCUGGCUUGUGUCCCAGGACGAUAACCGCGAGCUGGGGAAUGGGCGGCAGGUGCUGGCCACGUCACACCGGGCCGAGACAGAGCCCAUCAGCCCCUUGGCCAUGUACUCUUCCACAUGCUUUAAUGUCAAUGAGGAACCAUAUAACAAUAAUAACAACUACACGACCGUGUCCGAGGGGAGCUAUCUGCCUCGCUCAUGUCACAACCGUAACGUCUUUCAGAAGACUCCCAACCCCGGAGCGAGCAUCACGGCACACAUGAACGUCAGCGUGGAGAGGCACACGCUAGUUCCGGGAAUUCAACCGUUUGACACCCCAAGUCCGAACAAUAACACAAAUCACAUGCACUUUGUUGACCACGAAAACGUGGUGGUGACGGACUUGGAAAGGGAGAGGGAAUCUCCAAAGACACUCAUUUUGGAUACUCCUCCUCCUUGUCCAAAGAGUUUGGAAAGAGGGCCAGAGCCCACGGUGUGGGAAGGUGAUAUGGCGUCCUCUCAGUUUGUGGUGGGCCCACUUCAGAAGGAAGAAGAAGAAGACAGCAGCACCAUCUCCUCAACCACCUGCGACACGACCCUCCCUCUUGACCCCUCCGUAUCCAAUAAGAAACCGGUUUUCUACAUCUUAGACUGCACAGAAACUGACUGCUCCGUAGCGCUUGACUACUCUGAGAUCGAAAGCUCGCCUCUAAUGAGGGAAGGAUUGGUCCCUGACAUAAAAAACCCUGACUGCAACAACGUCCAGGGGAACCUUCAAGACCCCAGCUCACUGUCCUCCAACUCCAACUUUGAUUCCACAUCCACAAACGAUCAGUCCAUCUCCGCCUCCACAAAUGAGAUGUUGGCGUCAAAGUCCAGAGACGAACGUGCCCCAUCCGUCGGCUCCUUCGUUACCACGGAAGAGGGGGACACAGAUAGCUGGGACACGGCAGAGGGUAGGCAGGUGGGCGAGAAAGCUGUAGAGACGUAUAGCCCUAAACCAACACACUCCAAGAACAAGAAUGUGUCAAAAGUUUCCAAAAACAGCGGAGUGGGUCGCAGCGUCAGGAUGUUGACAACCACUGAGAACCAGGGCAUGCGGAAGGUGGUGCCCAUCACCAAGCUCAGCCGGACUGGCAGCAACGCCAGGCGGGUGGAGAGACCAGCCGGGAGCCAUGAGGGUGCAGUACCCAGGCAGCCUCUCCGUGACAAGAGCACCCCAGCCAGGGGGCGGGGUGAGAAGAUUGGUAGGCCCCCCCGCCACUCCAGCUUGCCCCCAGAGGAGACCAAAUCCCAGGGGAGCACCGGCCUCUCAGGCUGGGCAUGUGACCUCAACCCACGAAAGCCCUCCUUCCGCAAGCCCAGCGCCAAGCCGCUGAGGAACCUGCCCAAGCCACCACCGGAGGCAAAGAUGUGCCGCGCCACCAUGAGAGCCCUGGCUGCCCAGGCCCAAGGUCAGGUUGGGGCACCCUCUGAGGCUAGUGCUCCCGAAACACCUACCCACAGCUCCAAAACCCCAUCAGCCACCCUGCCUGGCUGGGCCCGCAACACUGUGGCCUCCUCCUCUAGGACCACCAAGAAGGAACUCGCUCUCGCCCUCUCCAACCCUCCGACCCCCUCCAGGAGCCCCUCUCUCCGGUCCCGCAGCAGCUCCCAGAGUCAAGCACCCGCUCGGCCUCCAGCCGCCGCCACAACCACACCUCCUGCCAAAGGGGGGCAGCAUUCACCCCGGAGGGAGGAGAAGGAGAAGGCCCAAGUGGGUGGUCUGCAGAGGGUGCAGAGUGUUAAGGCGUCAAGCCGGGCGAGCACCCAGCGUAGCGACACCCCCCCACCGCCGCCCACCCGCGAGCGCUCACGCAAGAGCAGCAGCUUCUCCGAGAAAUCUGUACAAUCCAUUACGUCAUGUAGGACCAUCAAGCCCACCUGGAAGUAGUACUCAAAUAUGGUGGAGCUCGAUUGGAGCCAGAGAAAAAGAAAUGUACUAUGCUUUUCCCCCCACGUACUGUAGAUGGACAUUUUAUGUCCUCUUUCAUUAGCUACUCUAUGACAUCCCACCUCAUCCAUAUCAAGUCAAUGUACAGGGCUCUGUCAAAACGUAUUAUAUGAACUGCAAAAUAUAUAAUGCACUCUAUGUAACCUCUCUGUAGAUAAGAUUAUUUUUUUCGUGAGCCCCCGUUUGUUUUUGAGCAUUCUUCACGGGGAGACAGAACUGACAAAUGGCAAAAUCCCCCUUUUUUCCUAGGAGCCUUCUUUGCCUGCUUUGUGGUCUUAAACUCUAUGUAUGUAUAAUGACAUGUCAAAAUAGAAGAAAAAUUAGAAUGCUUUUUUUUUUUACAGACCAUUUUAAGAUGGUGUUUACAUGGUAUUUACUUAAAAACUAUGUGGUAGUAAUAUUUUCUGGUACUCACCUCAAAGAAUUCAACACUAUUGGUAAUUUACUGUUACCAAAUGGUACAUAGAGACACGUGUGUCAAUGAAUCUCGUAGAAACUGAAGUGUGAUUACUAUGCAAUUAUUAGAUAAUUACCAUUUUAACAAGUACUUUCUAGGUAACUACCUGGUAAACAGUGACUGUAAAAUGAAGUGUUACUGAAAAACCACUACUGAACAUGUUUGAAUGCUGCUAAUUAGCUUUGACAAUUUGGGGACUAUGUUAGUGUCUUCAUUCAGGGUAUGAGCUUUGUGAGAUGCUGCCUUGCUGCUGUUGUGAUUGUUUCUUUGAUUUCUGUGGUUCACUACUUUCCUUUGCACAGCUAUACUAUACAGUAGCCUGGAGUCCACACUGAAUAUCACUCUGUUUUUAUAUUGCUUCACUUCACUGAUUUAGUGUGAAUCUGAUCCAUUAGGGUUCACUUGGGAUUGGCAAAAAAGAGCUGGUCCAAUCAGUGUUCUCUCAGAUACUAUGGGUGGGACAAUAGUGAAAAUAACUAUUCAGGGCCUUAUUCACGAGAAACCAAUAAGAAACAACCGUUUUGGUUUUCCGUUUGUACUACUGAAUAAGACCCUGCUCUCAGUGUCAUUGUACUCCUCAGCAGUUGGCCACUGAGUUCCUUUCCUGCUCCACUGAAGUUAUACCUUGGUUAUACUUGACAUUGCAGAAAUAGUAUAUAGUAUAAAAAAAAAGGACACAAAAGAAAUGCCCAUAGGCCCUAUUCAAUCCAACUGGGUAUCCAGGUUUCCAAGGUUAAGUUAAAGAGACAUUAUUGCUGAUGUGCUGCAUUGUCUUGGACAAAAUAAUAUGUGCAGUCAGAUAUUAGGAAACUGAACGAAAUUUGAAUUGUCAAUAAAGAAUGUUGUUUUUCACUUGUUUUGGAAACCUGGUUGUCAGGGUUUGAUUGAAUCAGGUAUCCUAUUGUGUACUGUAUCAAGUGCAUUAACUGUUACUAUUAGCAAGUACAGAAAGUUAUUGAGCCAUUAUCCUCUGUUUAUGAUACUCCAUUUAGUCCUUUGGUAUGAUUCCACUGUAAAGUUUUACCUUUACCUCUUAGAAUACAGUACAACAUGUACUUGGUCAUGCAAUGUAUUUUCAUGUACUUGUGGUACUUUUGACAUUUGUAUUUAUGUAUCAAUCACAAGCAAUGUUUCUAAAUGCUCUCGAUAAAACGCCUCCAUUCUAGCAUUGAGUAGACGUGCACACAAAGGAAAUGUUUUUCCUGCUAUAUGCUAUACCUAGACGAACGCUAAUGCUAUGAAAAACAGCAUUGAACAUGUAGCUCUUCAGACUGAAGUAACACCCAACAUGGUGUUGUUUGUCUCUGUGUUUUGUCACAAUAAUCGUCUUUGUAAUCCUUGACUUUUCUACUGUGAAUGUUGUCAUCUGAUUUUUGUACUACAUGACAUUGCGUAAUUGUGUUCCUUGACCGCCAAUGGUCGUGAUUCAAGUAAUACCGUAGAUUCUUCAGCCCUGCAAUUGCUCCUCACUAGACUGACCCGUUUGUGCUGUCCACUCCUAUGUCCACUCCUAUGGUCAUUGGCAAGCCAGCACAAACAGAUCUGGAACUAGGCCAGCUUGUCACACCACUUGCCUUUGAAACAGCAUUGUGCCAUUGACUUAAAUAACAACAACUAGAGUGCAUUAACUUGAAGCUUGAUGUAGCCGCCCCAUCAUCAGUAGUGUCUCCUGAAUUGUAAAUAAGAGUAGAAAUCCUCCCUACAUUCCAUUGCACUGAACGAAUUAGAAUGGAUACUACAAAUCACGGGCUUAGCCGAUUAGCCGUCCACUCUGUGUACAUAGUGUAAAGACAUACUAUUUUUUAUUAUACGUAGAGCUUGUAAUAUGUUUACAUGUAGCAAACUGUAUAUGGAGGCUUGGAAGUAGUGAAGGUGAAGGUGAGAGGAAAUGCUUAACCAGACUUUUUCCUCUCUUGAAAUUGUCACAAUGAACAGCAUCGUUGUUCACAGACCAUACACUGAGGCGCUCAAUUCAACUGGUCUUGAAUCAACAAGUUCAAUCUACUGUACUCUCCAUACAGCUGUUGUACCAUUUCUGUCUGCAACUCUCAGAGCAAGCCUAAAUCAAUCCUACAGGCCACAUCCCUGCACUAGGCCAGGAUAUUUUUAUCUCCCUGCUCUCUGCAAUGCAAAUGAAGGGAGGCAGUGAAUGUCACAAAAGACCCAGAGGCCAUACGUCAGCCCGGACGGGCUGUGUCUCAAAUGGCACCCUAUAGAGCUCUGAUCAAAAGUAGUGUGUUAUAUUUGGGACGCUGGCCUACGACAUGUCUUAUGGCUAAAGAGUGAGGCACAAUGCUCCUCUCACUCCCUCUCUUUUCCCAUCUACAGUCACAGUUAGAGUGUAUGACAGAUCUCCUCUCCGCCAGACUUAACACAAUGUCCAGUCAUUUACAAGGAUGGCCCUUUACAAGAGCGGCCUCCCACAUCUUAUCGCACAAUGCCUCCUGCUGCCGGGCUCAUUUAAUAGGGGCAUGUCGACAAUGGGUGGUCUUGCGUCAGAGCCACUAAAGACGGUGGGACUUCAAUAUGGAAUGUCUCCCCUUGCAUCCCCCCACCACUCUGCUGCCACUUCCUUGUUAUGGGGUGGUAACCAUGACAACACAGUCCAGCACGCUGUGGGACUGAACACUAGCAGUGGUCUGUCUGACUAAUAGCCUUAGCCUUUCUAAACUUAGGCCCGACUCCUAAUCAUGACAGUGCAGGCGCCUGGCAACCCAAAACAAUGUUGAAACAUUUGUCCAAUGUUGCCCAAACCAAAUGGUGGCGAUUAAUAUUUUCCCAUUGAUUGAUUGAUGUUGGUGGUUCUUCAAGCCAACUCGAGAAGUUGCACGCACACAAUAGUGACUUCAUCCACAGUAGGCUACAGUUCAUGUACACUUUCAAAUGUUAACCUUAAAUUACAGCGUGAGCUAUUGGCAUGGAUUCCUUAGGACCUAGGUGAUGGUGGAACUGAAAGCAAGGAGGAAUGUUUUCUUGCCUGAUCCCAGAUCUGUUUGUGCUCUAUAGCCAACAAUAUGGUUGUUGUCAUGGCCUGAUGGCACAAACAGAUCCAGGACCAGGCUUGGUGUUUUUUACUGUUUUAAUGUGAUUCUUUAUGAGGACCAGACUACGCAUGUCUUAGCUGGAAUUCCCACCGCUCUAUACAGCUGCUCCACUUAAUUGCCUUGGUUCUGCUUUGCCGCCUUCUUUCUCCAAGUCACUGUCUUUGAUGUUAAUAAACUCAAACUUCUACAUGGAGGAAAUUACUGUAAUCACUAAACUACACAAGACUGAAUAUUAGAAUGUUAUUCUACAGCACUGAUAAUUUAAAAAAUUGUUAAACAAAAUCAAUAAAAUCAUCCGAUGCUGUGUCA